UACGAAUCCCUCCCUCCCCGCCUUCAUCUCUGCGUCCCUCCCUCCGCUCUUCCUACCUGAUCCAACUCGUUUCCGGUACCUCGAGCACCACAGUCGCGGCUGCGAAGCCGAGCAGGAGCAGCAGGGGAGGGGUUGGUGGAGGAGGAGGAGGAGGAGGAGGAGAGGGCCAGGCGCCGAGUACUCGAAACCGGCCGACGAUCGAGCCAGCGUGCGCUCGCGGAAAGCCGGGCGAAGGUAAGCCGAAAGUGGCCUUGCAUUCACGGCGGCAUGUCGAACUGAAUGCUUUCGUUUGACGGGCGGAUGAACGACGGCGUGUGGGCUUGGAACAAUUACACGAGCCGCCCGCCUGCCUGCCUGCCCGCCCGCCCGCCUGCCUGCCUGCCCGCCUGCCCGCCUGCCUGCCUGCCUGCCUGCCUGCCUGCCUGCUUGCCUGUCUGCCUGCCUGCCUGCCUUCGACGUGCAGAGCACGAUGGGGGAUCGGACACCGCGCGGACCGACCAGCCACAAAUUCAACCAGCCUCAUUUUCAACCUGCCUUUGCCCAUCGUCGUCGUCGUCGUCGUCACCACAUACGUUGAUAUCCGAAAGGGCCGUUGUGCUUAUUAACAAAAAAAGGAGGAACUUGCUGUACAGGAAAAGGUGUUUAUGCGUUUGGUGCCGGACCAAGAUCAACAAAGUCUUGCCACCUCCCAAACCUUUCCGAGACCCGCUAUGGCUUCCAAACUAAACCCCAACAUUCUUUACGUGGCUGAGCCCAGCGAGAGUGAGUCGGCAGGAGCGAACUCCGAGAGGACAGCUCUGCAGGCCGGGGAUGCAGCGGACGAGUCCUCUGACAGUGACGGUGAGCAAGAGGAGACUUCGCACAAGCUCAUCCGCAAAGUGUCCACUUCAGGCCAGAUCCGGGCGAAGAAGAGCGUGAAAGAGGGAACCCUCCUGAAGCAAACUAGCUCCUUCCAAAGAUGGAAACGCCGCUACUUCAAGCUCCGAGGGAGGACGCUCUACUAUGCCAAGGACUGCAAGUCACUUAUUUUUGAUGAGGUCGAUCUGUCAGAUGCCAGUGUGGCCGAAACGGGCACCAAGAACAUCAACAACAGCUUCACAGUUAUUACUCCUUUUCGUAAAUUGAUGCUGUGUGCUGAUAACAGGAAGGAAAUGGAAGACUGGAUCGGGGCCCUCAGGUCUGUCCAGAAGUGGGAAAUCUAUGAGGCCAGCCAGUUUAACAUGGAACAUUUUUCGGGGAUGCACAACUGGUACGCCUGCUCUCAUGCCCGACCCACCUUCUGCAAUGUCUGCAGGGAGGCUCUGCCGGGUGUCACCUCCCACGGCCUUUCCUGCGAAGUGUGCAAGUUCAAGGCUCACAAGCGCUGUGCCGUUCGCUCCACGAACAACUGCAAGUGGACCACACUGGCGUCCAUAGGGAACGACAUCAUUGAAGAUGAGGAUGGCGUUUAUAUGCCCCACCAGUGGCUGGAAGGCAACCUGCCUGUCAGCGCCAAAUGCAUGGUGUGCGACAAGAAUUGUGGCAGUGUGCGGCGGCUGCAGGAUUGGCGCUGCCUCUGGUGCAAAGCCAUUGUCCACAGCAGCUGUAAAGAACAAAUGGAGAGAGUCUGUCCUCUGGGUCAGUGCAGAGUUUCCAUCAUCCCUCCGACUGCACUUAACAGCAUCGACUCUGAUGGCUUUUGGAAGGCCACAUCAGCUUCCUGUUCUAGUCCUCUUCUAGUCCUCGUCAACUCCAAAAGUGGAGACAAUCAGGGUGUGAAGUUCCUGCGGAAGUUCAAGCAGCUCCUCAACCCGGCCCAAGUCUUUGACCUGAUGAAUGGGGGACCUGAGCUCGGCCUGCGACUCUUUCAAAAGUUUGUGACAUUCCGUAUAUUGGUGUGCGGGGGUGACGGGAGUGUGGGCUGGGUACUUUCGGAGCUGGACAAACUCAACAUCCACAAGCAGUGCCAGCUGGGUGUGUUGCCACUGGGCACCGGGAACGACCUGGCUCGAGUUCUGGGUUGGGGGGGUCUCUGCGACGACGAUGCUCAGCUGCUGCAGAUCUUGGAGAAGCUGGAGAGGGCCACUACCAAAAUGCUGGACCGGUGGAGUGUAAUGACCUAUGAGGUUCCUUUGACCUCCAAACCCACUCCAUCAGUGAGGGAAGAUGACAACCUUGACUGCCCCCUGCAGGUUCACAUCACUCAGUGCGCUGAGUCGGUCGCGUCCCACCUGGCCAAGAUCCUGGAUUCAGACAAACACAGUGAUGUCAUUUCUUCUGCCAAGUUCCUGUGUGGAACGGUGAAUGAGUUUGUGGUGGAGGUGGGCAAAGCAUACGAGAGGGCCACGGAGAACAAGGAGGAAGCGGACGCCAUGGCAAAGAAAUGUGCUUUGCUAAAUGAGAAGCUGGAUUCCCUGGUCAAAGCCUUAAGUGAGGAAGCAGACGCUCAGGUUGUUCCAGCAGGUUCCUUAGCCAGCCAGGAAGAUGGUGACUCAGGCCCAGCUAAAGAUGGCAGGGACGCACGCGCAGGCGCUCAAACGUACCGCUCCAAGGAGCAGCUGAUGCUGCGGGCCAACAGCCUGAAGAAGGCCCUGAGGCAAAUCAUUGAACAGGCCGAAAAAGUGGUGGACGAGCAGAACCGACACACUCAGGUCCACAAGAUGUGGUCGUCGUCUUCCAUCAAACAAGAAAACAGCGAAGAACUAAAGGAUGCAGAGAUGCGUACAUGCGAUAGAAGUUUAAGUCCAUCAUCGCCCAUCCUCCUGGAGCAACCGACGAGACUCCAUGCGGUCAACUUCAACGAAGACUCAGUACAAUGCUGGGAGAAGUGUGUGAUGAACAAUUACUUUGGCAUUGGUCUGGAUGCCAAGAUCUCGCUGGAGUUCAACAACAAGCGCGAUGAGCACCCGAAAAAGUGCAGCAGUCGCACAAAGAAUAUGAUGUGGUAUGGAGUGCUGGGGACUAAAGAGCUGGUCCAGAAGACCUAUAAAAACUUGGAGCAGAGGGUUCUGCUUGAGUGCGAUGGUGUCUCCGUUCCUCUGCCGAUUCUCCAGGGCCUGGCGGUGCUCAACAUUCCCAGCUACGCAGGCGGCAUCAACUUUUGGGGCGGCACCAAGGAGGACAACAACUUUGGCGCUCCAUCUUUUGAUGACAAGAAGCUGGAAGUAGUGGCCGUUUUUGGCAGCAUGCAGAUGGCCAUGUCCAGAGUCAUCAACUUACAGCACCACCGUAUUGCACAGUGCCGCCAGGUGAAGAUCACCAUCCUGGGGGACGAAGGCGUCCCCGUGCAAGUAGACGGCGAGGCCUGGAUCCAGCCACCGGGUAUUGUCAAGAUACUCCACAAGAAUCGAGCACAGAUGCUCACCAGGGACAGGGCUUUCGAGAGCACACUCAAGUCGUGGGAGGAUAAGUUAAAGGUCGAUAGCGACCGCGCCAAUCGGCCCCGGCUCAACUCACAGCAGUCCAUGGAGUACCUGACGGAGGAAGAGUGCGCUCAGGUGCAGCAGCUGGGCACGGUGGCUGACGCGCUCAUCACCAAGAUCCGAGAGGCCGCCAAGAUCCACAAGCUGGUGGAGCAGGAGCUGGCACAUGCCGUCAACGCUAGCGCCAUGGUGCUGACCGAGGCGAAGCUAUUCAGCCCCGAGUUUCUGAGUCGCAGUACAGCUGUGGAAAUUGUCAACAGCAGCAAAGUCCUGCAGAGAGAAACAACCAUGCUUCUGGAUGGAAAACAUCUGUCCGAGUUCCCUGAGGAGGAGGUACUCAACUUAACCCUGAACAGCCUGAGUGCUGAGCUCCAAAAGCUGGAUGACAUCCACUGGAUCUGUCCCCUAAUGCACUGUGCUGAGGAGGGGUCGGUGCGUCCCAGUAGUAAAAGCAGCAUAAAGCUGAAAAUCAUGCCCAAGGUGAAGAGGGAGAAGGAAAAGCUCCACAAGCAGAAGUCAAACAGUUCACUCUCAGGAACAUGGGACGUCAAGUGUACGACUCCUGAAGCAGAAUCGUCAGGCAACUGAUGGUCAUUUCCGGCCCGUAACCUUCACCACUGUGAGGGAGGAGAUGCCUUCCUCUUACCUGCCGGCAUCCGGUGUCCUGACUGAGGCGCAGGCGGCGAUGAUGAGCUGUACUGUAAUACGGUUCCUUGCUGUGCAUUUGUUUUUUUUUUUUUCGUUUUUUUUUUGGGGGGGGGGUUCCUCACUUGCAUUGCUCCACCGCAGGCCUGCUAUGCUCACGAAACAGCCUACGAUUGCCAUUUUCUCAUUAACAGUGUCUACAUCUUGCUUGCAUGGUGCCAAAUACAGACAUCUUAGAAACAACGGUUAGGGGUUAACCCUGUCUUCGGACUCAAGUGAGACUUUUGGGGACACAUUAUUACUACGCCAUUCAACCUUCACUGACAAUAGAACCCAAUGUGUGAAACUCUUUGAUGUUGAGGGUGAACAGGAAGGAAAAUCAUAUGGAAUGUAUUUGUGUGUUGAGCUGUUCAUAAUUACUGAUGAUAAUACUGAUAUUAAUGAUCUAUACAUGGAAGGUGCUCAAGUGGUUUUUACUUUUUUGGGCUUGUCAACUCAACAGGUACUCGAGAGGUUCUGGGGCUGAUUGACAAAUAGCUGAUUGUUGAUGUAAUGCAACAAUGUGAACCUUUGCUUGGCCAGUAGCUCCCAACUCCUGUCGUCUUGCUCUUGUGGCUUAGCUCUCAAACCCAUCCCCCGGCAUUCAUUAUCUUCUUCUUCUUGAUCCAUCAAAAAUCAAGUUGGCCAAAUAGGCAUAUUCAUCAUUUGCGUAAGCAUGUUUAGUCGAACCAGAUGCUUGUUGGGACGGGCGUACAAAAGGACGCUGGGUGCAGGAACUUUCUUGCUUCCACUCACCGUCGAGUAUUGCCGAGCUCCGCUGUAGUUGGGUGCUGCUCCUGCACCCAUAGAGCGCUGCUGCCUUUUUACCUUCAAGGCUUUUGUGGUGUUGUGCCAAGUGGAGCGACACACUUGAGUGGUGUGUGUGUGUGUGUGUUGUGUGUGUAAUGUGGCGUUCUUUUCAAGUUUACCGUGUCUUGCCUAGCACUUUAUAAACUAGAUUUAUGGGGGAAAUGUGCGUGUGCACGCGAUUCCGUCAAAUUAGGUGAAGAAUGUGAAUUCUAUUUGAGAAGAACUAUAAAAUAUGUCAUGUAACAAUGCACGCCCAUUGAGGAUGUGAUCCAUGGCUAUGUUGUGGACCUGCGUGGUACAAUGGCAACCACAUUAACCAUUUGAAGCUUGAAGCCAAAGCUGAAGCAGACUCAUCAAUCAUUUAUUAAUGAAGAUACGUUCGUGUACGACGUGUAACUCUUUGAAAUUGUAUCAACUUGUUCUGAACAAUUCAUUACAAAUGUGUGUUUGUGGGGAAAAAAACAACUCAUGUAUAUUAAAUUUUAUCAGUCUGUGAUUGAAUGUAAUUUAAUGUGGUUAAUUAGGAUUCGGCAAUGCCAAGUGUUUGCGCGCGCGCGUGUGUGUGUGUGUGCGCGCGCGCGCGCUUGUUUUUGUGUGUCUCCAGUUCUGUCAUGUAAAAUAGACACGCUUUGCAAAAUAAAAUGACUUGAUGCUGUGACAAAUGUGCGUCUUCUGCUUCUUCCAAUGUCUUAACUGAAAGGUAAGUUGUAUUUC